GAAUUUUAAGUAGGAAAGGUCUUAAAGAGAGUUUGAGAAAGGACAUUGAGGGAAAGUGAACAGGGAUAAUUGUUGAGGAGGAUGGUAUAGGAGGAUCAUUAUGGAGGAUUGUACAUGACAGUCUUUAGGAUGGAUGAUAAAGGAACGUGGACUGUAAAAGAGAAUCGUGAGCCAUCAUUUUGGGGGAGGAUCUUAAGAGUUGAUGGUGAAGGUCAAUCACUACAGAUGAUGUUCAUUUUGAGGACUGUUCGGGACAGGCAGCAGUGCGUCUGGUCAGCAGUGAUCCCCGUUUCAGAGUGGAGGCAGACGGAUCUGUGUACACUCAGAGAGACCUGUUCGCUCUGGACACACCGAUAACAUUAACAGUGACCGCUCACAGCGCAGACGCCAAACACACCUGGGAGACCAGUGUCCAUCUGCAGCUGGAGGAAAUGACAGGUAAUUACAUGGCACGAGGACAGGAGGACACUGGGACACAGGAAGUUGUCAUCUGGUUCCCGCCAAGACAGAACUCGAGCACUACCGAGUUGCGGCGACAGAAGCGAGACUGGGUCAUUCCACCAAUCAACGUGCCAGAGAACUCCCGAGGUCCCUUUCCACAGAUGCUCGUCAGCAUCCGUUCUGAUAAAGAUCGCUCCAUUAACAUCAGAUACAGCAUCACGGGCGUAGGAGCAGAUCAGCCUCCUAACGAAGUGUUCAACAUCGAUCCAGAGAAAGGCAAGAUGUACGUCACCAAGCCUCUGGACAGAGAGGAGCGCUCAUCCUACCACCUUCGUGCUCAUGCAGUGGAUAUGAAUGGUAAUCAGGUGGAGCAGCCGGUGGACCUCUACAUCUUCGUCAUCGACAUGAAUGACAACCGGCCCGAGUUCAAGAAUCAGAUCUACAAUGGUUCGGUGAUGGAGGGAUCCAAACCAGGUACAACAGUUAUGACAGUAACAGCACACGAUGCUGAUGACAUCACCACCUCAAAUGGCAUGGUGCAUUACCGGAUUCUCCAGCAGACCCCGCACAUCCCAAUCCCAAAUAUGUUCACUAUUAACAGAGAAACAGGAGACAUCGUUACUGUCGCUGCUGGACUCGACCGAGAGAGAGUUCCUCAGUACACAGUGAUCGUCGAGGCGACAGAUAUGGAGGGGAACCUGAACUUUGGAUUGUCGAGCACGGCAACAGCGUUAAUCGCAAUCACCGACGUCAACGACAAUCCGCCUGAACUCACACAGAGCACGUUCUCGGGUGAGGUGCUGGAGAACAGCGUGAACGUUGUGGUAGCGAACCUUUCCGUGAUGGAUAAGGACGAGCCUCGAACGCCCAACUGGAACGCCGUGUACCGUAUAGUCAGCGGCGACAACGGACGCCACUUCACCAUCCGGACAAAUCCGGAGAACAAUGACGGCAUGCUCACUGUGGUGAAGCCAGUGGACUUUGAGAUGAAUCGAGCGUUCAUGUUGACGGUAGUAGUCGCUAAUCAGGCUCCACUGGCUGAAGGGAUCCAGUCGUCUCUGCAGUACACAGCCGGGGUCACCGUCUCUGUCAGGGACGUCAACGAGCCACCCAUUUUCCCAGAGAACCCCAAAAUGGUGCGAUUUGAAGAGGGCGUUCCCGCCGGCACCAUCAUCACCACGCUCACCGCCCGAGACCCAGACACCUUCAUGCAGCAGAACAUUCAAUAUUUAAAGCUGUCAGAUCCCGCUAACUGGCUCUCCAUCAACACAACAAACGGUCAGAUCACCACGGUGGGCGUGCUGGACAGAGAAUCCGUCUAUGUCAAGAAGAACAUCUACGAGGCCACGUUCCUCGCUGGCGACACUGGUUCUCCUUCUGCCAGUAGCACAGGAACGCUGCAGAUAUUUCUCAUAGACGUGAACGAUAACGCUCCAUCACUGGUUCCUCACGAUGCUCAGAUCUGCGAAAGAUCCCACAUGAACUCUAUCAACAUUACGGCUGUGGAUGCAGACACUGAUCCCAACGUCGGACCAUUCAUCUUCGAGCUGCCUCUUCAUCCCUCCAUCAUCCGCCGUAACUGGACCGUCUCUCGAAUCAGUGGAAACUAUGCCCGUCUGAGUCUAAGGAUCCAUUUCCUAGAGUCGGGUGUGUAUGAGGUUCCCAUUUCUGUGUCAGACUCGGGAAACCCUCCGCUCUCCAACCGCUCAGUCAUUAAGGUGAAGGUGUGUCCGUGUGAUGAACAUGGCGACUGUACUGCGCUGGGUGCCGUAGCAGCAGCUGGCCUGGGCACUGGUGCCAUUAUCGCCAUCCUUAUCUGCAUCAUCAUCCUUCUUAGCAUGGUUUUGCUCUUUGUGGUAUGGAUGAAGAGGAAAGAGAAGGAAAGGCAGACCAAACAGCUGCUGAUUGACCCUGAGGAUGACGUCAGAGACAACAUCCUCAAAUAUGAUGAGGAAGGAGGAGGAGAGGAGGACCAGGACUAUGACUUGAGUCAGCUGCAGCAGCCCGACUCCCUGGAGCACAUCAUGGGUAAACCCCCAGGUGUCCGACGGGUGGACGAGAGGCCUGUGGUGCCCGAGUCUCAGUACCCGCUACGACCCAUGGUGCCCCAUCCUGGGGACAUUGGAGAUUUCAUCAAUGAGGGUCUGAGAGCAGCGGAUAAUGACCCGACAGCCCCACCGUACGAUUCGCUGCUAGUGUUCGAUUACGAAGGAAGCGGGUCCACAGCCGGGUCGGUCAGCUCGCUCAACACCUCCAGCAGCGGAGAGCAAGACUACGACUACCUCAAUGACUGGGGACCGCGUUUCAAAAAACUCGCCGACAUGUACGGUGGUGGAGACGACUAGAACGAAAAAGGGGCCGUCCUUCACUGGCUCCUCCCAUGUCACCAGACCUGCGGCGACAACCAAUCACGGGCCUCUCUCUCUCUCUCUUUUGCUCUCUCUCUGAAAAACACACCCACCUACCAAUCACUUGGCCAGCUCUAGAGAGACUUGUACCGAGAGAGACAGUGAUAUAGUGGACCUGCUUUUUCCUUUAAUUAUGUUUUUAUCAUUUUUUUUUUCAAUUUUAUUAUUUUUUUUUUUUUUAGUAGUCGAGCUGUAUUCACGCUUUGUGCUCAUUAUUUCUUUAAAGAAUCCUGCAUUUUGGUUGAUGCAGCUACCUGCAGGCGAAAACUUCCUGCUAGUAUUGAGACAGCGCAUAAAAAAGAGAAAUGAGUUUAAAAAAAAAAAAAAAAGACAAGGUAGGCAUUCUACUCUUAAAAUGGUCUGAACAAGCCAUUCUUUUUCUUUCUCUGAACUUGAAUUCUUUCGAGAAGAGGAGCACUGUCGUCGUUGUCGUCGUUGUCGUUAUCGUUGUUUAAGAAGUGCCUUUAGUGGUGCGUAGUUCUUGGAUUUUUCUCAGGAUUGGUCUUCUGUCCAGACCUACACCUGACAUCAACACACACUUCUACAGCUGACCGGCCAUAUUCAAGCUCCUCAUAAUUCUCCUGCAAGAACGUUGAGGCUUUUGGCUUGUAGCUCCAUGACAGGAAGCUCGCGUACGUUAAACCAACGUGUUUCAGGUUCGCGUCAGUAACCAGUACACAGUACAGCAGAUAUUUCCUUUUUUUCCACAAAAUAAAUCCGACUGCACAGUUUCACGUGUUAUCGAGGAGACCGUUAAAGAGAGCUCAACAGAAACACGAUCGCUGUCAAACCACGAGGUUUAACGAUGAUCACGUCCAAAUUCGGUAGUACUGAAAAUUGCUUAUAUGAUAUACAGUGUUAUUUUUAAAAAAAAGGUGUGUCACUAUCCUGGAGAAGGCUGUCUGGGUUAGAGAAGAUUUUUGAGCAGCAUUUGUGCUCAGAUUCAGAAAGCAGCACAUGGACAACUUCUAAGGUUCCUUUAAGGUUCUUCUGAAGUUUCUUUCUUUUUGGACAGGUUAAAAACGCAGAAUCUGUGUCUGCCAGCAAAUCUCAGAGAAGGCAGGGAAAGUUUGAGAAAGUGCACAGGAGUGUGAUCUCUGCCUAGCGAGCAGAGCAAAACGUUAAACAUGCUAUGGCGUUAAGUUGUAAACCGUUAUUGUUGUUAUUGUGAUAUGAACAUGUAAUGCCUUGAAGUGCUAGAGUUAGAGCUUCAUUUCCAUGAUUGCUCUUCACCGAGGUCUUGUUUGUCCACAGGUAUUUUUUUAGCCUCCUGUUCACCCCAAACAGUAUUUUGGAUCAUUAAAAAUUUCCGUGUGGGCGGAAAUAUUUUCAGAAAAAAAACAUUGUUCAUCAUGUGGACGAUAAACAGGGAUUAAAAAGUCUCAUUUAAGCAUCAUAAAUUUAUUACUCAUCUUCCAAAGCAUGUAUUAAGAAAUUAAUGAGGCAAAAUUGCAUGGACGUCACCAGAAGAUUAAAAUAUCGCUCACUGUAAUCGAGCCAAAAGUUCCCAGUUCUCAAUUUAUGAGGCGAAAAAAAAAGAAUGAGGGGUUUAUUUUUUUAUUUAAGUAGCAUAUGCAAGUGUUAUCCAUAGAUUCACUCUGUGUCUGUAUCUCUGCACUCUUGAGUAGUUUAUUCGAAGAUAUUUGACGCAUUUAGAACCAAAUCGUUUGAAGAAAACGUUCACUCGUUCAUGAAGAAUCAUCAUAUGAGGAAGUAUUUACAAUAAAAUAUUCUGUAGAUAAGAAAUGUAGUUUGAUGUUUGAUGUUUCACACUACCCCCGUGUUCAAAUUAUGCUGAAGCUUCUAUCAGGGCCACAAAAGGAAGAAUCCAGUCCAGAACGUUCCUCAUAACCUUAUUAUAAUUAUUAUACGCUUAUUCAAAUUAAAUGUAAGAUUAAAUGGUAAGAAGCUCGAGAAAAUGAAACUGGCGAAUCUCGUUUUCUAUUAAAGGAUAUCUGGGUUUAUUUGCUUACACUAUGAGAAGAGAGUUUUAAUGAUUAGUCAUAACUGGUGGCUUCCAAGUAUCAAUGCAUGCCACCAGUUGUGGAUCAAACUGAAUGGCCCUGAAAUGAUUUUUUUCCAUUGAGGUCUUUGGUUCAGAGUAAAUUUGUAGCUUUCAUACAAAGCAGCAUCCUUGAAAGAACCUUGGAAAAAAAAAUUCUGGGUUACAUUAUAACGUAGAAUCCAAUUAUCUUGGACAGUCGUUAUGCAUAAUCCAAUCGGGUUUCGAAAAGAAAAGUACGAAUUCGUGGAAGUAGGUAAGUGGAAGGAUUAGGAAGUCCAAAAAAAGUAUACAGUAACAGGAAAAAGUGUAGCACGAAAAUUAAAAGGAUACAGGAGAUUUAUUAAUCAUGUGAUCAAAGUGGAAACAGGAUGUAAGCAAAGCAAGGAAGUGGUACAAGAAACUCAUGGUGGAAAUAGACUGAGGCUGCAUUCACACUUGGAAUAUUUUGUUUAUUUAAAGCAGCUCACCAUAGCAAGGUCGUUACCAAGCCUAACUAAGGUCAGCUAACUAGCUAUCCUAGCUUGCUGUCUCUGUAUUAGAUUUAUUAUUCUCAGCCAUGCACAUGAAAUAAAAACUGAGGAAGUGGUUUGUCUCAGCUGUAUCUUUGGGGGCAGAAAAUAAUUACUUGGUUGGUUGGUUAAACAGAAAUAUUGGAAUAUUAUUUACUCAGUAAUAAGACUCAGCAAGUCCUCCAUGUUGUUUUUUCUCGCUUGAACUCCGUCUUGUGACCUGAUUAAACACAUGGUAAAGAAGGGCUUGGAUCUUCUGUAGUCUUGAACUUUCACUCUAACCCAAAAAAAACACGCAAGCAGCAGCAGCACUGCCAAGUGUGAACGCAGCCUACCAGGACAAUAAUGAGGCUCAUGAGGAAUAGACAGUGUCCAUGGUCAGGGGGUGUGGUCAGGGCCUGGUGGAGAUGGAGGAGGGAAGGCAUGAGGCAGGAAGGCUUCUAUAACGGCAACUUAUGCACUCACUAUGCACUAUAUUCUUACACUAUACUAUGUGUACUCGGCUGUCUAGUACCGUUGACGGUAUCUCAUAUCUCAGUAUCUCGAAUGCUAAAGUUUUAGACAGAUCAUCGUGUGGUAUCUCAUAUCAACAAGACAACACCAGAACAGCCUUCGUGGGAAGAAACCAAUUUUACACUGUAGCGUAAGCCAUUUUCAAAAAAAAAAAAAAACCUGCAGCGAUCUCUGGUAGCUCCGCCCCUUCUAGCGAAUUCCCCGCACUAAAAUCUUUCGAAAAACAGACUACAGUAAGCAAAGAGCUAACAGCAGACACUGUGUAUUUUAAAAGUUGGUGGAUUCAUUAUGUUCGAGUCAAGCGCUAAUGCUAAUCUGUGAGCUUGUUUAAAAAAAAAAAAAAAAAAAAAAAAAAUGUUUUUGAGAAAGUACAAAGUCCUUUUUCUUUUUUUUCCGGAGGUCUGUGAUUCAGUGUGUGUGUGUGUGUGUGUGUGUGUGUGUGUGUGUGUGUGUAAUGCAGGUUUAAGAGACCUCGUCAGAUUUAAUGUUCAUUUCAUUAAUCCUUUUAUUCACAGAAACAUUCCACAGCUACGCUACAGAUCCUCUGCUUUGUAUAUAAGCCUUUCUCUUUUUUUAAGCGCUCAUUUUAAUGAACCGUUAUGUAAAGAGCUAUGUCUUUUAUUCCCCCACUUUUUAGUUAAUAGUUCGAGCUUUGUUGAUCUUUUCAAAACGCCGAGUCAAAAGCCAUGUGAGUGUGGUGUCAAUGAGGAAUUUAAAGCCUAUGGCCAUCAUCUCGAUGCUGAAUACACCAUCACUGCACUCACUUGCACACUUUCAUGUUUUGUUUUGUUUUGUUUUUUGUACAAAUCUAACGAAUAAAAAUGUUUUUGUUUUUCAGAACAUACCAGAAAAUCGUUCUUAUAGUCACUAUAAAUUCAAAUCGAAAAAGUUGUUUUAUUAGUAAAAUACAUCUCAUAUAUAUAUAUAUAUAUAUACACGAAACCAAAAGUCCAAGUGCACUACUGUUUAUUUCAUCUCUAACCAACAACAACAUACAUUUUCUCAGCUGAGGUUAUUAUCCGAGAAUGUGUAAUUUAGCACGGAGACAGAUGCUGUCUUCAGCCGUGUGUGUGAUCCUCGUAUAAAACUGAAAUCUGUAAAAUCUUGUGUGCACAGACUGCUCUUCUGAACUGUCAUAACACUACAGAGUGGAUAUUUGAGGUUAUCUUUGCUAAAUGAGACAGCCUUGGUCUCUUAACCGCUACUUCCUGUCGUUAAGCGUUACGGAUCUACCCACACGAAUUACAAACCGAAUUAGCGUCACUUAAAGCAUAUUGGCCCAUGUACAGCAAAUUUAAAUGUUAAUGCUCUGGCAGAUACUAGAGUCCACUCUAUUAUGCACAUUUUAAUGGACUUUGAUCCAAGGUGAUUUAGGAUGGAGUUGGCUACAGGACUAAAGUUUGGGUUAGCGUCGGGUUAGCACAGAGGUUCGUAAGAUCUUUGCGAAUAAAAGUUAACUAAUGAUCAGAAUCCAGAUAUUUGUUUCAUUAUUUAAAUCAGGGGCUUCAGGCUGUUCUGGAAAGGUCUGGUGUGGACGCAGACUUUUAUUCCAGUCAAAUUUCAGGCGCACUGGCUAGUUGAAAAUGAUUAACUGAUUAAACUAUAUGAACUGGCGAACUGAUUAAAGUAUAUGAAAAACAAGUUUGGUCUGCUGUGAUUUAGAGUGAGGGUUAAGGAUAAGUUUUGGGGUUGGAGCUAGGGUUUAAAGGGUUGGGCUUAGGGCUAGGGUUAAAGGAUUGGGGUUAGGGCUAUUGUUAAAGGUUAAGGGUAAAGCAUAGGGUUAAAGGGGUGGGGCUAAGAUUAGAGGUUUGGGGAAAGGCCUACAAAGAAAAGGUUGCAUUUAUAGCUAGGGUCAAAGGGUUGGGGUUUGGGCUAGGGUUAAAGUCAGUGGUUAAGGCUAGGGUUAAAGGGUUGGGGUUUGAGCUAAGAUUAGAGGUUUGGGGUUAGGUCUAGGGAUAAAGGGUUGGCAUUGGUUCUAGGGUUAAACGGUUGGAGUUAAAGAUAGGGUUAAACGGUUGGCGUUAGGGUCAAGCAGUUAAGGCUGGGAUUAAAGGGUUGGGAUUAAGGCUAGGGAUAAGGUCAGUGGUUAAGGCUAGGGUUAAAGGUCAGGUUAGUGCUGUCGUGUUAUGUCAGCGCUGCGCUGAAAUUGGCACAUGCAGUAAAGCUACAGAAACAGAAUUGAGCAUACUCAGCUUUAUCCUUCGAGUACAACCUCUCUUUGUUUAUCUCAAGCAGGACGUCCUCCAUGCAAACGAAAGCGAGUGUUUGCUUUGUGUGUGACUGUGAAGUUUAUUGCUUUUUAAUAUGAGGAAGGUGCAUUAAAAAUACAUGGCACUUUUCCUAUAUAAACACACACACACACUAAUAACAGCAGCGCAGGUCUGUACCCCAUCACAGAAAAGCCAAUAACACACGAAAGUGCUUCAAAGCAAACAAACCGAGCAUCAAGAGGGAUUUAAUUACAGCAAAUGUGGGGAUGUGAGCGUAGCAGGAAAUAAAUAAACACAACGUUUCUGAUAGGAAGAAAGAGAGCGUUGUAUACAGCGCAGGAAGACGGAUGAUGUUUCUAAUACGCUGUGUAUCCCUAAGAAAAAAAACAUAUGAGGCUGAGGCUGAGGUUCGAUUUUAAGCCUUCUCUUUCUGUCCUUCUCUUUUAUUUUGCACGUGUGUGCAAAGAAUACACGUUAUAAAUCAGCUUAAAUAAACUUGUUAGUGCACUCAGACUUUUGGACGCCACAGGAAGUGAAACGCCGAUUUCAGGUCUCGUUACUCUGUUUGUUAAUGUUUUAUGGAGAACUGAAAUCGUGUCCUGGUUUUUCUGCAUCCACUCGUUCUCUCCCGGAUUUUGUUCAAUCAGGUUUCAGAGGGUUCCAUGUGCUUUUUUAGACGUGUUUUAAACUAAAAACAGUGGAAGAUCUUCAGACGGGAGAGACUCUCCUCCUUGUCUGCGUGUAUAUAUGUGUAUUAACUGCUUGAAGCUGAACAAAUUAGGCAACAUUGGAAAUUUUUUUCUGCAUGUGUCUUUUUCUAACGGACAAGACGAUUACGUAUCGAAUAUACCGAAGAAUCGAAGCGACCCGCAUGAACGUGGUUGUUCUUUUCUUUCUUUUUUUUUCUUUUUUUGUUUCUUUUUUUGGUCCAGACAGUGUUCUGGAGUGUAUUAUACUCACAAUACCGAAGGAGACAAAGUAUAUAUAUAAAUAUAUAUAUAUGAAAUAACUAACUAAAAAAAAAAGAACACAGUCGUUGCACAGUUAUGGAGUUGGAAAUGACUUUUUUGUAAACUGUCGACAGCACAAAUAUUUUGUAUCGUUGUUUGUACCAUUUUUGUACCAAAAAAGGGAGAAUAGCAAAUGAAAAAAAAAUGGGAAAAAAAAAGCUGAUUCUUGUUUCAAACCUGUGUUUUUAGUGCCACUGCGAUCAGUUCCGUAUGUACGCAGCCUUGCAAAAUAAUCAUGUAUAUAAACGCCAACAGCCCUGUGUUACACUAAAUAAAGCUCCCCUCCUUUUA